AUGCGGGCACUUGCUACACCAUCGGUGUGGCUUAUAGCUGUCUUGACGAGGUCUGCCGCCGUUGCUGCUGUCACGUCGAGUUCGACUGCCCCAGUCAUAGCGCUCCAGUACGGCUCGUUUCGAGGUAGUACUUCGGGAAACAUCACGUCCUUCCUUGGCAUUCCAUACGCACAAGCACCGAUAGGUGAUCUCCGCUUUGCGCUGCCACAGCCACCGCAACCGUUUGAGGGCGUGUACGACGCGACUUCAUAUGGAGCCGCUUGUUAUCAGCAAGCAAACAACCCGCCGGCCCUCGACUCUUCGCUGCCAUUCAAUCUCUCCAGUGGGACACCGUUAGCCAACGAAUCCGAAGACUGUCUCUUCAUCAACGUCCUCAAACCCGCAAGCGCAGCACCCGGAGACAACCUUCCUGUACUAUUCUGGAUUUAUGGCGGCGGGUUUGAACAAGGCGACUCUUCGCUCAGCACAGGCAAUGAGAUUGUCGAGCGCUCGCUCGUACUCGGCGAACACAUCAUAUUCGUGUCCGUCAACUACCGUCUCAAUGCAUUCGGAUUUCUAGCAAGCGAGGAGGUCCUCCAGGCCGGACUGACGAAUAUUGGAUUGCGUGAUCAGCGCUAUGGAAUGCAGUGGGUGAACCAAUACAUAUCGGCAUUUGGUGGUGAUCCUAGCAAGGUCACAAUAUGGGGCGAGAGUGCUGGCGCAUUCUCCGUUGGGUUUCAACUCGUCAUCAACAACGGCGAUCCCGAAGGGCUUUUCCGAGCAGCGGUCAUGGAGAGUGGCUCGCCCUAUGCUCUACGCAACGUGUCCGCGGGCCAGCCAUACUAUGACUUCCUGGUCGAUUACACGGGAUGUGUAAGCCAGGCGGACACGCUCGCGUGUCUCCGUCAGGCGCCUGCAGAGCAGAUUUUGGCCGCUGUCAAUAUGACCCCGAAUAGCCGCGACUACACGGAACACAACCUCGCAUGGCAACCGCGUCUCGAUGGGGACUUACUUGUGCAGAAUCCGCAGCGUUCAGUGUUGAUGGGCCAGUAUGCAAAGGUACCAAUCAUCUCAGGAGACUGCGAUGACGAAGGAACACUAUUCUCGCUGGGGAAUAUCAAUAUCACAUACUUGCCAGAUGCUUCUCCCAUUGAAUUGCUCGCUGUGGGAGUGGCAUACCCGCAGGAUCCGAUACUCGGAUCACCUUUCGAUACUGGCAAUGCGAAUGAAUUAACCCCUCAGUUCAAGCGGAUGGCGGCUUUCACGGGAGACUGGCAGUUCGAGUCGCCUCGCAGGCUAGUCCUCGAGACAAUGUCGCGUACACAAGAUGCGUGGGCAUAUUUGUUCAGGCGUGGCAAAUCGAGGGCCUACCUGGGAGCUUAUCACUCCUCGGAUCUCUCCGAGUUCUUCAGCGACGUUGAUUACAUAGGAAUGGAUGCAUUGGUCAACUUCGCGACGAAUCUCGACCCGAAUGCUGCUCCAGGCCUCGCACCGAAUAUCAGCUACCUUUCUGGAGUGAACUGGGAACAGUGGGGAUCCAAUCCUGCCGCGCCGCCACUUCUCACCUUCCAAGAUCCCACCCCUUCCAUUAACUUCACUGCGGACACGUUCCGUGACGGGCCCACUGCACUUCUUGCCACCCUGGCUCUCCAGAUGCCCUGA